AUGAGAAAUGAAGCUAAGGUUAACCGUCUUCAUCCGGUGACACCUCACUCGUCUGGCCAGCUUGUAGGUCUGGGCCUGGGAACUACGCCUACACACGCUCGCUGCUACUGCCUCUCCAUCAAGGACUUCGCCGUCUUCCUUCUGGGUGCACUCUGCUCGCACUUCGCGGAGCUUGAGCCCUUAGUCUCCAGCUCGUUGCGUGGUUAA